GCGCUAUUGGCCCGGCUCGGCGCGAGCGCGACGCCUUCGGGCCUCCGUCGCGGGCGCAGGGAUCGAGCUCUGCGCCGACGCGUGCGGCCGAGGCGUGGGGCUGCCCUACCUAGCUGCCUCUCACCUGCUGAGCCCACAGCUGCCCACCCGACGUGAGGUAGCCGUGCGAGCCCUCGCGGAACCAUGGGCAUCAUGAAGCGGAAACAAGAGACGUUGUUACCGCCCAUCUCGGACCCGACGCCGCCGCCGCCCACGCAACUCCGGGACGCGCACCCGCGGAAGCCGGCGAAUUGCGUGACUUGCGUCGUCAUCGCCGCACGAGAUCUACGGGCCGCGGACGGCGGCUGGCUCACGCGCGGGAGUAGUGACCCCUACGUCAAGGUUAUUGUCGAGAGCGUCGCCCAACAGACCACUCACAAAAACAGGACGCUGAACCCGGUCUACGGCGAACGGUUCGACUACGAGUGCGAGCACCCGGACAACAAUUAUGCGAUUGUGGAGGUCUGGGACUACGACAUGAUUUCCGGGGACGACUUUCUCGGCUGUGUGGCGGUACCCUUAGUGCAACUCACGGGCCGCGUCGAGAGGCGGGGCUGGUUCGAACUGCUCGAUCGGGAUUAUGAAAGACCACAUAAACUACCUCGAGGGGAUGUCGAGAUCGCCAUGAUCUGGCGCCACGAGCCGACCUAUGUGGUGGACUUGGAUCCCCUGUUUUCUCUACCGGAAAAAGAUAAAAAACGACCCGCGAACUGCCUGAAAUGCGUCGCGUUACGAGCCAUCAACCUCACGAAGCAUAGUACGGGAGGCGAUCCAUUUUUAGAGUUGGACAUCAAAGGCGACAAGGCGCAGACUCAAAGUGUAGCUAGUAGACGUCCGCGGUGGAUGGAGCCCCUCGACGUGAUCGCGGAGGACUGCGGCGGCGGCUACGUCGACGUGAAUGUCUACGACAAGGGUCCUGUCAAUAGGUUGGUCGGGUCGAUACGCGUCGAGCUGGACCCCUUACAAGAUAGGAAAAGCAAUCGACAGUGGUACACGCUCGAGCCCCACAUACCUGAGGAGGUCGACGAGGAGGCGUCGGUUGCUGAGGAGACACCCGGGGGCACAAAAAUGUCAAAAGCGAACGUCCGCAAAGCCAAAGCCGCGGCCAUCAAGAAGAAGAUGGCUGCCCAAAGGGCAAAGGACGCUCGCGCAAAGGCGGCGAAGGAGCGCUCCAAACGAGAACCUACCAAACCGGUGAUGCGCGUCGAGCUCGCUUUGAGGUUGGUCCAUGAUCCAGAUAAAGUUCUGAGGAUUCCCAAGGAGUUUAACCUAGAUACGCCCGGGGCGCCGGAUCUACCUCGGAACGAGUUGCGAGUCGUGGUCGUCCGAGCGAGGAAUUUACCUCCCACAGACCCUUUGGCGCAGAUGAAGGACCUCCAGAAUGAAACGGACCCCGUACAUGGUGCUAUGGCCACAGCGUCGGCGUUGACAUCCGCAGUGGAAGGAAUAGGGCAGGUGCUGGGGCCGUCCGCGGACCCCUUCGUCGAUAUCGAGGUCGAGGGCAUUGAAAGAAAGACAACCAUCAAAAGAAGGUCAUUACAUCCACAAUGGAUGGAGCUGCUCCAGUUUCCCAUUGACGAGUUGGACCACGCGUUUACGCUGCACGUGAGAGAUCAUAAUGAACUAGGAGCGUCGACAUCUAUCGGACGCAUCAAGUUCCCCAAGUUAUCAAAGCGCCUGAAAGUCUUUGAUGACGAAGCCUGGAGGGUCUGGCACGUCCUCGACUGCACGCCCGAAGAGGGCCCUCCACCGACGCCUCCCUACCCGAAGCCUAGGGCUUUUGAUCUGCCGAAGAUUGAAUUAGCGGUGCGCUUCGUUCACAAUCCUGACCUAGUAUUACAUUUACCAGAAGGGUGGGACGAGUGCGCGAAUGAACUCAAACCGCCCAACGAACUCAAAAUCGUCGUGGCACGAGCGAGAAAUUUACCGAUCAUGGAUAGACAUGCAUUACUACACCGAACGGGCGGGAGCACGGACCCCUUCGUGAAGCUCCACUUCGACGGGGACGAGGCAGAAACAAAUGUACUGAAGAAAGACCUUGAUCCCGUCUGGAACGAGGUUGUGGCCAUGCCCGUGGAGUUGCUGUUGGAGGGCGAAACGUUGGAGGUCCAAUGCUUGGAUCACGAGACACUUGGGGGUGGCGAACACGUCGGUAGCGUACAUUUGGAGCUGAAACCAUUGAUAGAACAACGAACUACAACGAGAAAAUGGUACCCCUUCUGCAAGAAGGACGUCGAAGGUCAGAUACUCCCGCCGCAAGUACCGCCUCGAUUGGGCAAAUUAGAACUCGCGACAAGGUGGGUCCACAAUCCAAAAUUAGUUAUACCGUGCCCGAAAGCUUUAUUGAAGGACAAACACAAGGACAAGCCGGGCAACGAAUUACGAACUUGUGUCAUCAGGUGUAGGAAUCUACGAAUCCCGGGCAAGAAGACGGGCAGGAAGGGCGUCGACCCCUACGUCGAGAUGGUCCUUUGUGGCGACAUCUUCACGACGAAGACGAGAGAGAGAAAUGCGAACCCCAAGUUCCUCGAUGUUCGUACAUAUGACGUGAACGAGGUCGAACUGGAGGACGCGCCGUGGCAACUCACGGUCUGGGACGCGCGCGGGGACAAAGCGCCUCUGAGUCGACAACCGUCCCGCAAGAACUCGCCGCGCGCGCCGGCCCCGGCGCCGGCGCCGGCUCCUUCCGGUUCAUUGUUGGAAGAUAGGGUACCUUCGCGCAAUUUAAUUGGGGACGCCGACGCGCCACUAGGUGAACUGGAGGAGCGGGAAUUGUGUCGGAAGUGGCUGCCGCUAUGCAAUGAGACCGGUCAGCGCACUGGUAAAAUAGAAAUCGCAUUAAGGUGGCUGCACAACCCGAAGAAACAUGUGGAGAUGCCCGAGCAAUUUCAUCCUACUCAAAGGGGUCUAGAUGCGUUGAAGGAGCCGAACCAGUUGUUUGUCUUUAUUUUGCGAGGGUCUCGAUUGCCAUUAAGGCCGGAUGGUAGUUGUAGAGACCCCUACGUGCAGUGCCGGUUAGAGUCGCAUACGCAUAGUCCGCCGACCCAUUCCCACCCUAGUCAUCACCAUACCCACACUCAUACUUCAGUACAUAAAACCAAAGUGAAGGAGAACUCGCACGCCCCAAAAUGGCUCCACCCCAUGUACUUUCGGCUGCGGCAGCGACAGCUCGACGAAGACCCCGACGCUUUACUAGAGGUCGGUGUGUAUGAUUGGGAUGAGCAGAACUUACCCGGCGACCUGAUGGGCCGCUUCACGCUCAAACUAAGCGAAGUCGCACCGGACGCGAAGAAGAUAUGGUACGAAGGGCAAGACGAGGAGAGGGACCCCGUGCACUCGCGCUUCUGGACGAAGCUCAAGAACGGCCCUCCCGGAGUGGCUGGGAGCGUGGAAAUCGCGUUGCACUGGGCCCACAAUGUGGAAUUGGCCAUGGUCAUGCGCGAGGAGAAGUUGCUCGCUCGCGAGGCGGCGGAGGUGGCCGAGGCUCGCGUCGUCGCGGACAUGGCUCAGGCCAUCGAGGCGGAGACGCCUGCUUCCUUAGCGGCCCAUGUGGCCAUGAAGGCUAGGAAUUUGAAAGGGAGAGCGCCGAACACUUUGGAAGUGUGCGUGGCGCGGGCGCGGGACCUGAGUGCUGGUCAUAGAAAGGAGGAAGUCCCGCGACCCUUCGCGGUCUUAACCCCAGUACCCGACGCUUAUGCGGUUGCGUCGCUGUGGACCCUGCCUCUACAACUACAAUUGCAAGCGGACGAGGGCACGCUCGGCCAGCACGAGGCUCGACUGAGGAGGAAGGAAUUCAUGCGUGCCGAGCCUACUUGUGUCUUGCCGAAUCGAGACGAGGUGACACCAGAACCCACGCCUCGGGAAGAUGAGGACGAGUCGUCCGUCAUGUCGGAUGAGAGCGAUCAGGAUGACUUACAUAAAACCGAUAGGGUGCCGACGUGGCUGUCGCGGUCCACGUUCCGUCUACCGAGACAUGGGAGAGCGGUCGACGCGUCGACGCUGUCGGUGGAAGUCUGCGACAACGCCGCAGAUGAUCCUGAGUUACCGAUAGGUAGGGUGUUGAUACCGCUAUCCGAAGUACAGGAACAAGCUUCAACAGAUGAAGGGCUGCGGGGCUGGCACGCCUGCGACGAGACGGGCGGCGCUUUGGAUUUGUGGUACCGGUUAAGUUAUGACCCGGCCUACUCGCCGGAAGAGGUGCUCGAGGACGAAGUCGAAAGUACAUAUCAGAAAGGGGAGCUCGCGAACGAGCUGAAAGUUGUUGUGGUCGGUGCGCGCGUACGAGCGCGCCAGGUGCCGCCGCCGCCACCUUCUCCUAUUGUGAAAAAGAAGAGAGGUAAGAAAGCACCACCACCAAAAAAGCCCGUGAGCGGCCUCGAGGUGUCGCUGGCGUUUCUGGGGAGAGAUCGCGUCACGCGCAUAGCGCCCUUCUCUACCGGAGAUGAAGGUCAGAUGAGAAAUGCGUACCAUCGCUUCGACACGCAUUUCGUGGCCAAAGACGUAAGGGACUAUCUGGACGUCACUUUGGUGGAGCUGGAGCACGACAAGCGUAUCGAGAAGGGCCAGGCUCGUAUAUAUAUGAAAGAUCUAGCGCAUCGGAGGCCUACGAGAAGGUGGCUGCCCGUCAUCCUCAGUACGCCGAUGGGCGACGAGGUGAGCGAGGUGGAAGUUGUGUUGCGGUUGACGCAUUCGCUGGAGUUGGCGACCUUUUUAUUACCUGAUCCUAUUCAGAUCGAUGUCCAACAGUUGACCUACGAGGACCAUCCCGAGGUUCCUGAGAGAACUAGAGCUCACGUGUCCACCAUCACGGUGCAGACGGAUCCCCUGCAGGAUCCUUCGGUCAAACCGCUGGGCGAGGCCUGCGGGCGCUUCGAAGAAAGUACUGAGAGGACUAGUGAGUGGAGUGGCGGGACCAUCAUCAAGACACAUAAGGACGGGUCCUUCGACAUCGACUUCGAGGAUGGGUCUCGGGAAAAAAGAGUACCCAGUAAUUGUGUGGAGCGCAUCCCCACGGGCAAUUCGCCAAAAGUAGCGACCUGGGACAAGCCCGCCGUCGCGCCGCUCGGUGUCAGUGAUGUGGUCCGAGCGAAACAAAAAGUCUGCGUGUGCGGAUUUACGCGGAAGCAGCACGCGCCCGAUCUGGACCCGUUUGCGGUGCCGCGCUGGUUCUACACGCCCGAGGACGGGGGAGAAGCGGUCGGCCCCCACAAUUUGCGGGAACUGAAAGAUUUGUGGAAAGCAAAGACGAUCAAUAAUGAUUCGAGACUGUGGCGGGAAGGUCUAAACGAGUGGACGCGCAUCGACGAGCUCCAUGCGCUCAAAAGGAUUCUCUGGGACUACCCGGCGUUACCCGAAACGUCGCCCUCGAAGAAGAGUGGCUCUCGCAAUUGGUUUGUGGACAUGGGUCAAACAACCGCUGGCUUCGAGGGGGCGCAGGUCACGCCUCGGGCUUUACCUGAUUUAGGUGAGGUCGUGCCCGACUCGCCCGUCGAGGACAUCGAUGCGGAAUUGGCGAAGCUGCGGGUGCCCGAGGCCGAGCCGUCGUCGGACGAAGAGGUCGACGUCGGCGACGAGCUAGAUAAGGCGACGCCUCGCGACGAUGUAGAAACAGGUGCAGCGAUCAUCGACGGCAUGCAGGGACCUUUUAGUGCCGGGGAACUGCGCGACGCGUACGAGACGGGUCGGCUCCAGGACGAUACGUUAUUGUGGAAGGGCCCGGGCCCCGAAUCCGGACACAGGGACGACGCCUUUGGGCCGCUCAUGGACAAAGAUAAAUUACCGCUCUGGGGCCGGCGCCAGGCUUGUGGAUGUGUGCAACUCGAGCAGGUCGACGUUUCAAUGGCGUGCGAACUCUGCGGCAAUCUGGCCACGGUCCACUCGGUAGAUGCUUUACCGUUACAGUUACGGGAGGGCGACGACACGCCGCUCGACCGGAACCGGCCUCCUAGAAUAAUUUGUACGGAAGCUAGAGCGGGCGGCUCGCUCGACGCGAAAGAACUCGUGGACGGGCGCGUCUGGGUCUCGGGCAAAGAGGCCGAGAAGGAGCCGCUGGCCAUCACGCACGUCGUUAGAGUGUUGCGCGAAGCGCCUGAAAGGCCGCCGACGCCGCCCUCGAAGCAGAGACUCGAUCUCGCGGACGAGGAAAAAGUCCGAGAGUUGGAGGGCUGGGAACAGCGCCUGUGCCAGCACGACGCCGACAAGUAUGAUGGGAGCUUACCAAAACAGCCGCCGCGAAAGGUCGACGCCGAGGGUGGCAAACACCUCGCUUCUGGCAGGAGCUGGACGGUGACGCCGGAGGAUCGGGAGGCGGACCUAUCGACCUUUGUCAUCCUGAAAGAUGAAGAUGACUUGACAGAUGCUUUGAAAACGUUCGCGGACUAUGUAGAUAACAUCAAGGCGACGUGGACGGCCGCGAACCCGGCGCGCAUUUUGAUCGUAGAUACGCUGGACGAGAGGCCCUGGAAGGGGUGUGUGUUGGGCGCCGCCUAUUGCGCCAGGGAGGAGGGCUGGAGCGGUGACGAAGCGUUGAGGUUCGUCGGUACGAGAUGUAGCGAGGCGGGCGCGCCCUACGCGUCCGGAAAGGAGUUGGAAGAAGAUAUCCCGAGCGACUGGUUUGGAGCAUUAAAUAGUGUAGCACAGAAAACAGAAAUAGGCCGCCUCUUCUGCCACGACUGCUUCGAGGACUGGCGAUACGGGGCCAUCGACGACGUCGCGUCCACAAAAGUGGCCGCGGCUAUUCGAAGACUGCGAGCUAGGGAUGAUGCCCUGGAGGUGCUUGAUUUACGAAACGAGGGGCCUUUGGGGUGGGAGCUGGCGGGCGUUUUAGGCGCCGCGGCGGGCCAUUCUAUCACUCUGGUAAGUUUGGACGUCGCGUCUUGUGAGAUCGGUGAUCGAGGCUGCGCGGCGCUGUGCACGGCGCUAUUGCACGGCACGGCGGGCGUCGGCGGGUUAUCUUUGGCUUUUUUGGGAUUGGCGAACAACAAGAUCAAGGACGCGGGCGCCGACGCGUUAAGUGCACUACUAGCGGCGGGCGCCAAGGCCGCUAGGCGGCGCGCGGCGAAGCCGGACUUGCUAAGGCCAAAUGACGACCUCGUCUUCGAGGGCGGAAGCUGCCCCUUGACGGCGCUGGACCUGAGUCACAAUUCCGUGAGUGGAGACGGCGCGCGUUCAUUAGGAAGGGCCUUGCGGUACCACCAGCUCCUCGUGGCGCUAGAUUUAGCCUCAAAUCAUCUCGGGAGUUCAGGAGGCGUCCACAUCUUGGAUGCUUUAUCUCAACCGGACGAGGAAGACGUGCUGGCAGCGCAGGCGUACAAGGAAAAGGAGUACGACGUGGACUCGCUUGAAGAAGGUUCCUCUCUACAUUCCUACGCUUCGGGCCUCAAGGAGCGGGCGGAGAAGGCCAUCUACUACAACUGCACCCUCACGCAACUGAAUUUGGCGCGGAACGCGCUAGGCGCGGACUGUGCGGAGGUCCUAGCGAAGGUUUUGAGGAGGAACCAAUGUAUUUCUUCCUUAGACCUGUCGGACAACCCGUUAUUGUUUGAACCGCAGCAUCUGACGGACGAGACCUAUGUGGGGAUCUUUGGCGGGACAGAUGUCAACUAUCAGACAGGCGAGGAGAAGGACCCCCUCUGCGCGAAACGACUGCCGCUGGAGUGCUUCGACAUGCUGCGGCUGUAUAACCGGUCGGUCUUAAAGUUGGAUCUGAGCUUCGUCGAGCUGGACGAGGACGCGUGCUUCGCCAUCGGAAGGUACUUAUCAUAUAAAGAAUGUGCCUUGGUGGAGUUGAUCUUGAGCUGCUGCAACAUCGAUGCUAACAGAGCAGAAGUUAUCGCGAACCAAUUGGCUAAAUCCUACGAGGCGCCCACGCUCGUAGCUUGGGAUCUCUCGCGGAACCCGCUCGGCGACCAGGGCGCCGCGCACUUAACAAGUGCGAUCGCCGUCGCGCCCAUGAAGGCUCUUUCCAGGUUAUCAAUGGCGCAGUGCCACCUCGACCCGGAAGGUUGUGCUUGUGUCUUCUCUCUGCUAGAUUCUAGAUUAUCAGCAGUGUGCGACGUGCACGACCACAUCCUGGGCGACUCCAUUGAUAUGAUGGAAGGUGCGACAGUGACGGACUCCCUGCUCAAAGCCAAAAGUAGUGGAGUUAUACUACAAAAAGAGCCGGAGGUGUACGUGCCCAAGGACGAAAGUGAAUCUGAAGACGAGACGAACAGAAGUGAGUCCGAGAAUUCGUACGACGCGCACGCCUAUGAUCGCGACGACCCGCCUUUGCCUUCCUCCGUGAAUUCUCUACCUAGAUCUAUCCAAAGGAGGUGCGCGCAGCACGCCGCCGGGCCUCAUAGGCAACCCUCCAAAGUACCCACUGCGUCCAUUUUGAAUCGGACGGCGAAGCCCAAGACGGCCUACGGCACACUCACGGCGCGCGGCGCGAAGCAACGGAAGAACGCGCGCAUGGGGUCGCUGCGGGACGUCUUCCCCGAGCUUGGGUUGCGGGAGCUUGAUUUAGGAGACAAUUUUAUAGGAAGGGACGGCGUCUCCGUGUUAUGUAGUGCUUUACGGGCUAGAUCCUUCGAGGAAUCCCCCGUUCUGUUGGAGGUGCUGCGGAUGUCGAACGCGAGACUGGGACCGGGCGGCGGCUACGACCUGGGGCAAACGCUCGCGACGGGCGCCUUACCUGCUUUAAGGUUGUUGGACGUCUCGACGAACGCCAUGCAGGACACGGGCGCGGCGCAAUUGGGGCGGGCCCUGCGAGCCUUACCGGCGCUCCGGCGGUUAGACCUGUCCUACAACAACCUGACGGACGCCGCCGACACGGCGCUCCGGGCCUACCUCCGGACGGCGUCGGAAAGCACGGACGCGCAGAAGAUGCUUCCUUUGGAUAUUGACACGCGGGGCAACGUCUUCGACGAGGGCUUCAGCACGAACGACCUAGCUAGAGCCAAGGUCAUCGGCAAGUACGCGGCGACGGCGUCGCACCAGCAGCUGCCCGACGACCCCUUCGUGCGGACGAAGCCGCGCGACGACCACGCGUUCCUUCGCGGUUUCACGAACGUCGAGGGCGCGGGGUCCCUGACCCUCUCCGCUGGGUCGGCGCCGCUGCCGAGGGAUAAGGUGUGAGUUGUGUGA